UCAAUGUGGUAAUGGAUGGUAUGGCUUUCAUUAUGGCGGCUCUUGUCGUAAUUGGAAAUGGGUUGGAUCAGUAUGUGAACCACAUAAGAUUUGGUGAACACACAUAACCAAGAAAUUGCUAUAUUUAAUAACAAUAAAUUGUUUCGUGAUGAUGAAGAUGCAUUUAUACCUCUCUAAUUGAAACACAAGGAGCUGGUGCGUUGUUAUCAUUGAUAUCUGAAUAAAAAUAGUAUAAAUAUAUAAUAAAAAUAUGACAGUGAGGUCCAGUUAGUGAUUGUGUUAGACAAAGAACAGACAGCAUGAGAAUUACACUAACUCGCGCUUUAUCAGCACUCUGCUUGUCAACUGUUGUUUUACUUAUGUGGACUGUAUUAAGGCAGAGUCAGGUGAAACAGUUCACACAGACAUGUCAUCAUCCUGAGCAGUUCCAAGAGGAACUUCACAAACUUGCAAACAGAGUUCACCAUGUCCUGUCUACAUUGGGCCUCACACAUUUUCUGUGUUACGGCUCAUUAUGGGGUCAGAUACGAAUCUCGCGGUCAUUACCGUGGGAAGCUGAUGUGGAAUUCUGUCUUCUUAAUGAAGAACUGACAAAAUAUGAUGAAGUAUUCCUAGUUCGGACAUUUAAGAAACAUAAUCUUCAAUUAACGUACAACUCGGGGGAGGGGCUGUAUUCCGUAAGGGACCCUGUGUUCAGUGGUGCGUCCGUUCAACUCGUUGUUUUUGAGGAGGAUCCACUGAUUGGCAUGUUACGUCGUGUGGGAUGGAAACAUCGAAUGUUGCCGCCAGACUGCGAGGAGAUGACAUCUCUGAACUGUUUUCCUCCGAGACUCAUCGCGCAACCGCUACCAGUUAAGGAGUUUGGAGGUUUUGUGUUCCCUGUACCCAGAGAAGGAAUUGAAAUACAGAAGUAUCAUUAUCAAGAUAACUGGUGGAAAGAAGUUCUCCCCAAAAACUGUUAGGUGCAUCGAGAAUGGGGUGUGCACCCAACCGCUUACUGAAUUUAUGGCAAGAAGAAGUUUCAUACCAUCCAUCAAUUUACUUCUGUUGUUCCUAUAGAUAUUAUAACAUUUAUGUAGGAGAAUGAAAUACAUAAACGAUUUAAUGAUCUAACCUAAAAUUUUAAUUGCACGUAAAUUAUGUUGAGUGUUUCCAUUGUCUGAGAUAUAUUUAAUAAAAAAAUAUUUUGUUUGUCGGCUCUACCCCAAUCAGUUGUCAUAUUGACAGA